UAUCGCUUGUGCUGAGUAGCCUAAAAGGCUUGCGUUGUAUUAGGCUACGUUAUGUGGUAUUGAAACAACUCUGGAAAGCAGGAUUAUGACCAAUAACUGCAAGCAACUUGAUAGCCUCUAACCAGAAAAAAAAACCCGUAUCGUUAGCCUGUUUGGCAUAGGAACACGAUUUCGCACGGAUUGUGUUACCUAUGACUGAGGGCACCGAAAUGGCAUUACACGCUGAGCACUGAAGACGCCCAAGGAAAAAACGACCCCGCUACAAGAGGGGACUAGACCUGAAUGACAGUCGGUUAGUUUUGACAUCCAUGAAGACUAGAUGCACCUGCAUGCAGUUUCCUGAGAGAUGAAAGGGUUUUGCAGUUAUGGAUUGCACCUCGUCAUAUUUGGUUUAGAUGCGCAUCGCUGAGGACGUGAAGAUACAGCCUACAAUGAUGAGAUGCACGGUAGAACCGGGUCAUUCGGAUGAGCCUUCACUGGGAGUUUCCCCUGCGUGAUGUUGAGGACCUAGAUCGUUUCGGAUGGCCCUGUUUUUAACCUAUGGAUAAAAAAGACAUUUUCAAGAAAGGUGAUGAUCGUGUGCUUGGAUGGAUAUGGCGUGACAUCCUUGUUUUGCAGAUUGUUAGGGGAUGGCAUUAAAAAAGAUGGGCGGACCUCUGGCAACGUUUCAGCUUUUUUCGGUGUAACAGACUAUUUACUAUACCAUUUGAUUGCGCUUCGUCUAAUCAUCACGACUCGCCAUCAAAGCCGUGAUUAUUUUUUUUUUUCUGUUUUAUUGAACCUACGUCGUUUCCUCUCAUACAAGCCACCUUUCCUCGUCUCAGCGUUGUUUUUUGACGAGAAUGGCUGGACGCACGCAGGCAGAUAGGCUGACCACGGCAUCUGCAAGAGGGGAUUUAAGCGAGGUUGACAUGAUAUUGCAAAACGGAGCAGAUGCCAAUGAAAAGAACAUCUUGAACAGGACAGCCAUACAGGUAAUGAAACUCGGGAAUCCAGCCAUUGCGGAUGCGUUAUUGAGAGCGAACGCGGACCCAAAUGUGCGUGACCCUGUGUUGGGACUGACCAUUGCCCACGACGCCUCCAGGGACGGGUUUUUAGACACGCUGAGGGUCCUGGUUCAUCAUGGAGCCGAUGUCAAUUUAAUCGACAAUGGCGGAAACCUACCCUUGCACCUUGCUGCAAAAUCGGGUCACCUGGACGUUGUGCAGUUCCUUACGCCGUACACCUCCGACCCCUCUCAACUAAACGGGUCAGGCCAGACACCGUGCGACUUGGCCAGAAGGCACAAUAGAAGCUCCACCGCACAGUGGCUAGAAACAUUUGUGUUUUCACAGCAAAACUAAUGUGGACUGCUCAAUUUAGUGAAACAGGGGUAGCUGUCAACAGGAUUAUAUAGGAAAAGCUAACUACCUCUUUUUAAAUGCAGACAGACUCAGUUAAUUUGGUAACGUAAACACAGCGGUGUAUUCUUCCAUAAUAUUAUCUGUUGGUUUCGUUGUAGGUCUACACUGCAUUUCGAGACAAUUGAGGAAUUCACUCUACAUAAAUAGGCCUUAUCAAAUGGCCACCAGCCUGGUUGAAUUGUUUUAUGGCAGAAGACUGCACGUUGACAAUAUGGUUGUACAAUCAUCAGCACCAUAUACAAAAGCCAAUAGGCUGGAAAACGAACAAACAGAAUUCCAUUAAAUGUGAACUAUUCGAUAUUGAUUGUGUACCAAAGACUGUAUUACUGAAAUACUGUAUUUCAGAACAGAAAAUGCAGUAAUGUAGCCAAGUGCUGAGUGUGUUCUAUUGCACUAACUAUGUCUGCUUUGUGAAUAAAG